AUGAAUGACAGCGACUUAAAACAGCGGGUGAAGUUCGUCGCACCAGAAAACGAUACUGCUUCCUCUUACAGCACCAAAGAGACCACAUUUUUACAGGAUGGAACCGUAGCUGCUGCAAUAACAGCGACUAGAGCAAUACGUGAGGUCAGCAGCCUUUGCUCUUGGGACGAUCUUCCAGACUGGCAAAAAGAUAACGAACAUAUCCUCAGCGGCUACGUCAGAGAAACCAAUAGCUACCGGAAGACUUUUCGCAGUUUGUUUUAUCUACACAAUGAAUCUGUGAACAUAUACUCGCAUCUGAUUCCUGGGAUCUGCUUCCUAUUCAUUGCACUUUUCAACAAAUAUGUGGUAGCAGACUAUAGCACCACUACUUGGAAGGACUACCUUAUGAUAGAUAUAUUUCUACUGGGGGCGGUUGUUUGUUUAACGCUCAGCGGGGUGUAUCAUUGUAUGAAGUCUCAUUCAUUGGAAGUCUCAGUGUUCGGAAACAAGCUUGACUACAUUGGAAUUGUUGCGCUAAUAUCUUGUUCGAUGAUUUCCCAAAUGUAUUAUGGUUUCUAUGACAGUACUGCAAUGUUCUCUUUAUUUUCUACUGUUACUCUGUCAUUGGCGCUUGCGUGUGCGGUAGUAUCAUUAAGCCCUCAUUUCAGAUCUAGAGAGUGGAGAAAAUAUAGGGCAGCGAUCUUCACUGCUUUUGGAUUAUCUGGACUCCUUCCUGUUAUCACUUCAUGCUUCUAUUAUGGGCCUAUUGAGGCGUAUAGUCGCAUUCAGUUAAAGUGGCUCAGCUUAGAAGGCGUCUUAUAUAUAUCGGGAGCAGUGCUUUAUGGUGUUCGGUUUCCAGAAAGACUUGCACCAGGAUCAUUCGAUAUUUGGGGUCAUUCGCACCAGCUCUUUCAUGUGUUGGUGGUAAUUGCUGCGCUAUGCCACCUAAGGGCUUUGCUUUCUUGCUACAAGAAUGUUCACACCAACGCUUUAUUUGUCUCGUUGUAG